AUGAAUAACCAAACACUUUUUAGUGAAAACACAUCAAACAAUAUAAAUGACAAAACAUUGGAAUUUGAUAAACAAAAUGGAAAUAAACUUGAAUCUAGAGUGUGCCCAAAAAAUGCACAAUAUAUAUCUGAACGUAUGCUAAGCCCAGACAACAAAUUCGAUAUAAAUAAAACACAAAAUGCAGAUUCCUUACUAUCAACAGAAAUGAGCAUACCUAUUAAUAAAGAAUUCACAGAACAAGAUAAAAAACAUAUUGAAGAAUUGGAAAAAGAUUAUAAUAUAAAUAAAAAUAAAGACAUCUAUCCAAAGUUAGGAGAAGAAUAUUGUAAAUCAAUUGAUGAAGAAAAUGAAUAUCUUGAAGAAUGGGAUGUAGUUAGAAAAAGAAUAUUUGACCCCACUCUAGGACUUCGAAAACAUUAUGCUAAAGAAUUAUUAUCAUGUGGUGAAAAAAAUAAUACACGUAUUCUAGAAAAAUGGUCAUCUAUGAUUAAUAGAAAUAUUAAUUGGUUCAUGAAAGCACAUAAAACUACAUUCAUUAGAAGAGUAAAAAGAGGUAUUCCACAAAAAUAUCGAUGGAAAGUUUGGAUGCAUAUAACUAAUAGUAUAAGCUUAGUAAAUAAAUUUGAAAAAAGAUAUUAUUAUUUAUAUAAAAAAACAUCAAAUUAUAGUAAUCUAAUAUAUAUAGAUAUAUCUAGAACUUUUCCAGAAUUAUUAAUUUUUGAUAAAUAUGCUCAAGAACAAUUAUAUAGAAUAUUAAAUGCAUAUGCAAAUUAUGAGUCAUCAGUGGGAUAUUGUCAAGGAAUGAAUUUUAUAGUUGGCUUACUUCUUAUUGUUAGUAAUUUUAAUGAGCUCGAAACAUUUUGUGUUCUAGUAAGUUUAAUGGAUAAUUAUCAUUUAAAAAAUUUUUAUAAAGAAAAAUUUCCAUUACUUAAUAGAUUUAUAUAUGUCUUUGAAAAAAUAUUAAAAUUCGAAGUACCAGAUUUAUUUGAACAUUUUAAUAAUGAAGAAGUACAUCCACCAGUAUACUUACAUCAAUGGCUAUUAACUUUAUUUAUUGCUAGCUUGCCAAUAAAAAGUGUCAUAGUUAUAUGGGAUUACCUAUUUAGUACUAGCAUCAAAAUGAUUCUAAUAAUUUCAGUUGCAUUAUUAAAAAUUUUAAAAAAUUAUCUAAUUAAAAAUAAUUUUGAAAAAAUUCUUAAACUACUUAAAUCAAUGAAAUAUAAUGAAAGUAAUGAUGAUAUAUUAAUUGCAAAACUGCUAAUAAAAAAAUCAGAGCUUGUUAUUUUAAAUACUGGAUUAGCAUAUAUUUUUGAAAAUAUUGAAAGAGAAGAUAUCCCAUUAGAUGUUAAAUUUAAAUUCUCUAUCAAUAAUAUUACAAAUUUUCAUUUUAAAACUGUAACUCCAAAUUAUUCAAAAAAUGAAAUUGAAAAUGAUGGAAAUCAAAAUAAUAUAUCUCAACCAAAUAAUACAACCUUUUCAGAUCUAGAUGGUGUAUCAUUAUUAAAUUUUUUUUCUACAAACAUUUUACCUAAAUCUAAUUUUAAUCAAGUUAAAGAAGAUAAAGAACUUAAACAAGAUGCUAAUUAUGAUUUAAAGGCUAUUGAAAAAACAGAAAGUCAAAAUAAUAUUAAUGAAAUAUAUUAUAAAAUGUUGAGUAGUAAUGAAAAAAAUCAACUAAGUGAAAGUGACAAUGAUUUACCAUCGGAUCAUAAAAUAGACGACGAUCAAGAUGCAAAUCAAGAUGACAACAUAAAUCUUAAACAAAUGAAUUUUGAAAAACAUAAUUCAAUAAAUAAUAAAAAUGAUAGAAAAAAAAACUCUGAUAAUAUAAAACGACAUGCUUAUUAUAAAAGUUCUCAAAACAAUGAUGAUCCAUUUUGUAAUAAUUAUGUUAUACAAGAUAAAACAAAACAAGCACGACAAAAAAUUAGUGAAGAAGAAAAAAAUGAUAUAUAUUUUACCCACGGAUUUAAAAAUGAAAAUAAACAAUCUCAAACUAAUCUAACUGAUAAAACAAAAAAUAAAAAACAAUUUAAAUAUAAUGACAAAGAUAAAGAACAAGAUAAUGACAAUGCACAUACAAGUGAUAGUAGUGAAGAAUUGCCAUAUACUACAACUAAUGGUGAUAAAGAAGAAAGUAUAUUAAAUAUUUCUGAUUAUAUAGAUAAUAAUAAAAAUAGUAAUCCCAAUAAUGAAGGAGAAAAUAAUUCGGAAGAAAAUGGACUAAGCUUUUUCAAUAUGAUACAAUCAUAUGCUAAAGAUAAUAAUUGGUUUGAUGUAUCGUCAAUAAAUAAGUAUUACAAUUUUAAUAAAGGAUCUUCAGAUCUAGAAUUAGAUAGCAUGGGAAUUAACAAAAAGGACAAGUUCGGAGAUAGUAACUAA